GGGUUAUGUGGGUUAUGUGGGUUACUGUUGGUUGGUUAUAAAUGUUAAUUAAUAUGUGGCUAUGUGAAAUUAUGUAGAUUAUGUUGAUUAAUGUGGUGGAUAAAUGGAUUAUGUUAUUAUGUAUAUUAUGUAUAUUGAGUUGCGUGAGUUACGUUAGGUUACGUGAAUUACGUUGGGUUACUUUUACGUUUGGUUACUUUUGUUACGUUGGGUUACGUUGGGUUACGUUGGGUAUGUUGAAGUAAAUCGAUUAUUUCUUCCGUUGAUGAUGAUGAUGACAUUUUUUUGAUAUUUUGGGUAAUAUAAUGGAACAUUAUGCAUUAGUUUUUUGGUCAUGUGUAUUUUCACCCGACA